UGUCAUUUGCUAAAUAUGUUGUUUUUAUGCGAACGGCAAAUGGUAAAAAUGGACAAAAAAUUAACUGCAGUAACUUUUUAGUUGGCACUUGGAAGCAAUAAUGACAUUCGACGCCACAUACCAAGCAGCUGCCCAGAAGGAGUGGGCACCAGCACCAGGAAUAGGGACCAGACCAGGAACCAGGGACCAUGGGCCAGACAGAAUAUGCGUCUGGUCUGACUGUGUGUUUGUUUGUGUUUGUGUUUGUAUGUGCGUGGAGCAGUCAAUCGUGCGAUCGCCUUCGAUUAUGGGCAAAAAGUAGACGCCGGGACAAACAGAAAAGCAACAGCCAGCCGCAGACUUUGACUUCAAGCUGGUGCUGGAGUUGGACCUGGAGCUGGACCUGGGGACCUGGGACCUGUGCCUGUGCCUGGGGCCGCCUCCCUCCUCAGAUGGCAUUGGCAAUGGGCAAGUAACCGAAACUAUUUCUCAUAUACAACGAUAAAUUAAAAGCCAACUUUUUAAACGACCAAAUUCUUGUCGAUCAAAAUUCCAUUGGUGGCAAUAACUUGGCUGGUACGAGUACGUGCCAAUGGCCCGAUGAUGGCCAGCCAGCCGACGGAGGACCCAAAGCCAGACCCCAGACCCCAGGCCAAACCAAACCAAACCAAAGCGAACCAUAACCAUAACCUGGCGACAUCUUUGACAGAGCCAGAGGCGGGAAACGUAUUCUGCAAUCAGCAUUUUCCAGCGAGAAGAGAACGCGUCUCGUUGGCUGAAUCUGGGGAUCGGAAUAGGGGUGGGGUUCGCAGUCUGCGUCUGCGUCUGAGUCGGAGUCUGAGAGAGAUCUUUGCUACCCGCAAUGUUUGGGGCAGGGCCUAUCAUCAUGAAGUUGAUCUAACGGCUGCCACUGGCAAGCUGCAUUACCUGGCUCUGAGUCGAUCUCAUUGGAUGACGACUGCCAUUGCUACCUGGGAGCAGAUCAGAAAAGAAAGAAAGAACUUUGAGCAGACACAUAUGCUAAGCAGACACCCCGAGCGCUAGGCAGCAGCACCAAGGAAGUGGAAACCGGAACUCAAUCCGCGAUUCUUUCUACAAUUGCCUCGGAAAUAAAUAAUGGCUGAGCGCAGAGGUAACUUUUUUUGUCUUUUGCUGCGGCCUCUAUUGUUAAGCAGGCCCAAG